AUGGUGAACGGGGUUUUGGGAGAGUCGGUAACCCUUCCCCUGGAGCUUCCUGAAAGAGAGAAGAUUGAGUCCAUCACCUGGCUUCACAAUGGAACAUCUAUCACCUUCUUACAGCAAAGUGAAACAGGAAACCCACAAGUCCAUGUGACUGACCCCAAACGAAAAGGACAACUGAAAUUUACCCAGUCUUGCUCCUUGCAGCUCAACAACCUGACAAUGGAAGAUGCAGGAUGGUACGGUGCCCAAAUGGCCUCAAAGACUUCUAGAACAGUAUACUAUUACACUCUGAGGAUCUUUGGACGACUGACAAACUUAAACAUUACCAGUAUCUUUGUAUCAUUUGAGAAUAAGACCUGUGUGGCCCACCUGACCUGCAAUGUGGAGAAUCCAAAUGAUGAUGUCUUAUUCAUAUGGCAGCCCAUAGGAAAGAUUGGUCCAAAUCUCACCAUCUCCUGUGAGCCUAAGAAUUGCAGUGAACAGAACUACACCUGCAUAGCUAAGAAUCCUGUCAGCACAUUAUCCUCCUCUGUCUCUGCCAAGAGUCUCUGUAAAGAGACCAUGGAAAACACAGAAUACACUUCAGUGCCUCCAGGAAGUACGGUGUAUGCUCAGGUCAAUCACCCAAACAAGAAAAGGGAAAUCCCAAAGCCUGUGAAAAACCAUGAGUCAGCUACAAUUUACUCCACUGUUCAAGCACCCAAAGAGAAGCUGAAAAAAGAUCAGGGAGCUAAAUACAGAGAAUUGGGGAAGAGCAAUCCCAAUGAGGCCAAGGAUGGGCCAGACCAUGCAAAGCCAUGA